GAGUACUGACUUGAAGUUGGGUUGGUAUAAAAACCUGUAGGCCAUGGCUCCAGCACAGUGACCGUGACAGUCCCGUGAGCUUGAGGGCUAGAAAAGAGGAAAUGAAAGCAAACCCAGCUGUCAAUUUUCUCUCUCAAACAAAACCCAUAUUUUUGUUUUCUCCGUCAAGAGCCAUAAAUCCCUCGAUUUGCUAAAACCCAAUUUCGGUUAUCCAACGGCCUCGCUAAUAGUUUGUUAUUAACUGGAGAUUAUGACCUUUUAAUGCACGUUGUCCCCCACUUUUCUGUUAUACUUGUUUUCAAAUGCUGGUUAUUUCAUGAGCCAGAUGUCACUCCCUUUGGCUUUGGUUGCUGAUCCUUCGGGGUCAAUGCCAUUACUUGAUCUACUCAGAAUUCCCCUUAGUGAUAAUAUCUUCUUUGGCUAUUUGGCCAGGUUUCUCUGGGCCAAAACGGAAAACCCAAAUCCCUUGUGACUCUGUAUUGUUGGUUUUUUUCUCAGGAUCUUGUGAGUUAACAACCCACAUGGAAAUUAUGGAUUUCCCUGUUUACUUUUCAUCGGGGGGACGAGGGUGGGGAUGGUGUUGCAUUGGGCUGAUUUGUUUUGCUCUUUUUCCCUGAUAAUUAUUGAUUUUGAUGAAUGUUGCCGAUUGGGGUUUUUUUUGUUUUUUGGCGUGAUUUAGUUCUUUUGUUUUUAUGAUAAUUGUGAUUUUUUAGUGGAUAUCAGAGACGAAGAUCUUGUUCCAUGGCUUGCUGACCAUGCUGUGAAUCAAAUAUGAAGGCCUACCAUGUCUUCAGGGCAAGAGAAGAGCUCAGAGGAGACACUGAGACCCCCAUUAGUCCCUUCUGAGAAAAACAAUGGGGUAUCUAGAAAACCCAAGACCAGAGAGGUCACUUCUAGGUAUAAAUCAGCCCCUACUUCUUCCCCUUUUCCAUCUUCUUCUUUUGCUAGUCCUGCAAGACGCAGCCCUUCUCCUAACAUCAACCGAGCAAACCCAAGACCUGAAUCUCCCUUACCUAAACGCUCACAGUCAGCAGAGAGAAGGCGGCCUUCAACACCUUCUUACUCGUCGCGACCCUCCACACCAUCGUCCCCUUCGAGACCAUCUACACCCCCUAAUGUCGAGACACAAAUCACUUCGAAACGCCCCUUGGGUCGAACAGCCGAGGGCUUAUGGCCGUCAACUAGGAGCCUCUCAGUCUCUUUUCAGGCAGAUACUUUCUCUCUCCCUAUCAUCAAGAGAGAGAGACCGGUUACACAUUCCUCUGAUCACACAUUGAGGCCUUCUGCCAAUCUAGUGCGUGGGCAGGAGGGCACACCAUCAAUGGCGAGGAAGGUGACUCCUGAAAGGAAGCGGACACCUUUGAGAGGGAAAAAUGCUGAUUUAUUGGAGAAUUCAAAGCCAUUGGAUAAUUCUCAUUGUCGAGAACUGGGGGAUCAGCAGAGGUGGCCUGGAAGAAGUGGAGGGAGGUUGACUGGAAAUGCAUUUACAAGAAGUGUGGAUUUCUCAGAAAAAGCUGGUAAAGCUACAGUCUCCCUGGUUCAAGGGAAAGGAAAUACAGUAAGAACACCGAAGCUCGAUGGCGAGAGCAGGUCUCCUGAGGGUUCUAUCGCCCCCUCGAGAGCAGUUCGUCGAAUGUCGUUUGAUGGGAGAGAAGAUGCCGAGAUGGGUUUGUCUGAUCGGGGCUCUUUACGGGGAUCGGAUGAUGGAGACUCGGUUCUUGCGCCUUUGCAAAGGCGCUGGCGAUCUCAAGACUCAGGAGUUGGGGUUUCUCGUUCUUCAAGUGAGAGUUUGGGAGUAGACAAACGGAUUCAAAGUGGUUCAAGUAGCUUCACUGUAAGAACUUUAGCCCAUGAAACCAACAUUCCUGCUAUUUUUUUGACUGAGGCAAACACUCGAGUGCAGGGGAGGCCCAAGCUUGUUACUUCACCUACAGGUGGCAGCUCUGGUGUAUCAGGGAGGACAUCAUCAACCCUGCGAUUGAGUAGAUCACAUCCUGCUUCUCCAAGUAAGGCCGCAUCAACGACAUCUUCCUCAAGGGGCAUGGCUAGUCCUACGAGGACAAGAGUGGGGUUGCUGACGCCCUUCCCUUCGGCCAACUCAGUGGGAACUCGUACCACCGGGAGCUCACCUUCAGUGCUUAGCUUUGUCGCUGACGUUCGGAAGGGGAAGAAGGGUUUGAGCCAGAUAGAGGAGGCCCAUCAGUUGCGUUUGCUGUAUAAUAGACACUUGCAAUGGCGCUUUGUGAAUGCCCGGGCUGAUACUGCUUUAUCAAUACAGCAAGUCACAGCAGAGAUGCUCCUUUACAACGUUUGGUUCAACACUUCAGAUCUGCGUGAUUCAGUUAUAUUAAAAAGGAUCGAGCUACAUCAAUUGAGGCAAGAGACUAAGCUAAAUGCAGUACUUAAAGAACAAUUGUCUUAUCUGGAUGAGUGGGCCUUAGUAGAAAGAGAUCACUCUAGUUCGUUAGCAGGGGCUAUUGAAGCGUUAGAAGCCAGUACGCUCCGCCUUCCAGUUACUGGUGGGGCCAGGGCAGAUAUAAACUCAGUCGAGGAAGCUAUCAGCUCUGCAGUUGAUGUAAUGCAAGCAAUGGGUGCAUCUGUUUGUUAUUUGCUAUCAAAGGUGGAGGGGAUGAACCAGUUGGUCUCUGAGCUUGCCAAUGUAGCUGCUCAAGAGAGAGCUAUGCUUGAUGAGUGUGGACAUCUGUUGGCUGCAACAGCAGCUGUGCAGGUAGAAGAGUCCAGCCUCAGGACACAUCUGAUACAGAUGAGACGAGCUAUCUGCAAUGGAGAACAACCAAACAUGGCUAUGGAGACGUUUGUGUGAGACCCAACUCACGUAUGAUCAACAUACUUUGCCAAGACUCCAAGUGGAGGUAAUGGGAGGAAUGCCCCCGCCCCCCCAACCCCCCACCCCCCUCGCUGCUUCUCUCUCUCUCUCUCUCUCUCUGGCACAAUUUUUUAUGCUGAGGGUGAGUGUGCACAUAAUUUCUUGGUAUUUGAGAUCUGUGCAGCCAUCCUUAUCCGUGCAAUUCUUUUGUAUUAGUCACAUUCAAGAAAUCAAAGGCAAGGUGAGAUAAGGGAGCUGGUUCUUGCCGGAUUUUCGAAUUGCUCUCAUUGUAUAUAAAUUGCCUGUUUCUUUUCUUGUUUUGUUUCUUUUUCAGUGGUAUGAAUAAAAGAGGGAAUAAUUUCCACAA